GCGUGCGUGCGUGCGUGAAGUCUCGCGGAGUAAAACACCGGCCAUUUUUCUCCGCGUACAGCAGGACACUCUGAGUCUGGCCAGCGGAUCCGACAUCACUUUCGUGAGACUACAACUUUUGUCAAGUUUGAUUUCGUGACGCGACCAUUCAAAGUGGCGACAAACGGCACUCCCGCCAUGUUUGUGUUCGUCGCUGCAAAGUUUGUCCGCUGACAUCGCUCGCUGUCCGGGUAGAUGCUCGUCUGAACUGUCGCUCAAAUGGAAAUGGUGCCGAGCGAGGAGAAUCAGUUCGUAUCCAAAGAGAUCCAGAAUGCAGCAGAAGAGCCCAGAGUGCUGUGCAUUAUCCAGGACACCACCUGUGCAAAGACCAUCAAUGAGAGGGUGACCAUCAACCUGCCUGCUUCCACAGCACUCUCCAGACUCUAUGAAGACAUUGCCCACAAAGCAGGAUAUGUCAAUGGCUCCUUCACCCUUGUCUGGGGAAAUAAAGUGGACAUGGCACCACUGGAUCAUAACAGUGAGAUGUCCCUCUCAGACUCUGGGUUUGAGCCUGGUGGUAAAAAGAAUUUUCUCCAGCUGACAGACAAAGAUGGAGAGCAGCCACAGAUGGCGUCGGAUGAGUCGGGAGCAGCUGACAGCAGUGGACUGGAUGACAGUUCCCAGGAGCGCUUCAUUGGUCCUCUUCCAAGAGACAGCACUCCAGGCUGCAGUGGUGAUUACAGCAGUUCAUCUUACUCCUACUCAUCCAUCCUCAACAAAUCUGAGACGGGUUACGUGGGUUUAGUUAACCAAGCUAUGACCUGCUAUUUGAACAGUCUUCUGCAGACGCUGUUCAUGACUCCAGAGUUCAGAAAUGCUCUCUACAACUGGGAGUUUGAGGAGUCAGAGGAGGAUCCAGUCACCAGCAUCCCCUACCAGCUGCAGCGGCUGUUUGUCCAGCUGCAGACCAGUAAAAAACGUGCGAUUGAGACCACUGAUGUGACCCGGAGCUUUGGCUGGGACAGCAGCGAGGCGUGGCAGCAGCAUGACAUCCAGGAGCUGUGCAGGGUCAUGUUUGAUGCUCUGGAACAAAAGUGGAAGCAAACAGAGCAGGCUGACCUGAUCAACCAGCUGUACCAGGGGAAAUUGAAGGAUUAUGUGCGUUGUCUGGAGUGUGGCUACGAGAGCUGGAGGAUUGAUACCUACCUGGACAUCCCUCUUGUGAUCAGACCCUUUGGAGUCAACCAGGCCUAUGGCAGUGUGGAGGAGGCUCUGCAGGCAUUUGUUCAACCAGAAACUCUGGAUGGGCCCAACCAGUAUUUCUGUGAACGCUGCAAAAAGAAAUGUGACGCCCGGAAGGGUCUAAGAUUUCUGCACUUUCCCUACCUGCUGACACUGCAGCUGAAACGGUUUGAUUUUGACUACACCACUAUGCAUCGCAUCAAGCUCAACGACAGCAUGACUUUCCCCGAGGAGCUGGACAUGAGUCCGUUCAUCGACGUGGAAGAUGAGAAGUCGCCUCAGACGGAGAGCUGCACUGACAGCGGCGCUGAGAAUGAAGGCAGCUGCCACAGCGAUCAGAUGAGCAAUGACUUUUCCACUGAUGACUGCGUGGACGAGGGCAUCUGCUUGGACAGCACUGGCAGCACAGAGAGGGUGUUGAAGCCAAAGAGUUCGUUGAACUUUGAGCUGUUCUCCGUCAUGGUCCAUUCCGGGAGUGCUGCGGGUGGCCAUUACUAUGCCUGCAUCAAAUCCUUUAGUGAUGGCCAGUGGUACAGUUUCAAUGAUCAACAUGUUAGCAAGAUCACCCAGGACGAUAUAAGAAAGACAUACGGCGGGUCCUCAGGGAGCAGAGGCUAUUAUUCCAGUGCCUUUGCAAGCUCUACAAAUGCAUAUAUGCUGAUUUAUAGAUUGAAAGACCCCUCAAGGAAUGCAAAGUAUUCAGCUGUAGAAGACUUCCCAGAGCACAUAAAGUGUUUGGUUCAGAAGGAGAAGGAGUCUGAGGAGCAGGAAAAGAGACAGCGGGAGAUUGAGCGCAAUACCUGCAAGAUCAAGCUUUUUUGCAUGCAUCCUGUGAAGAUGAUGAUGGAAAGCAAGCUGGAAGUUCACAAGGACAAAACACUCAGAGAGGCAACAGAAAUGGCCUUUAAGCUGAUGGAGCUUGAGGGAGUCGUCUCUCUGGACUGUUGUCGCUUGGUGAAGUACGACGAGUUCCACGAGUACCUGGAGCGCUCGUAUGAAGGUGAGGAGGACACACCAAUGGGUCUGCUGCUGGGUGGAGUCAAGUCCUCAUACAUGUUUGACUUGCUGCUGGAGACGCGGCGGCCGGAUCAAGUGUUCCAGCCGUACAAACCCGGAGAGGUUAUGGUGAAGGUUCAUGUUGUGGAUCUGAAGAGUGAGACCAUUGCCUCCCCAAUCAGCGUCCGGGCGUACUUGAACCAGACAAUCACUGAAUUCAAACAGCUUAUUGCACAGGCGACAGGUCUGUCUGCAGAAAACAUGCGUGUAGUCCUGGAGCGCUGCUAUAAUGACCUUCGCCUCCUCUAUGUUCCAAACAAGACCUUGAAAGCUGAGGGAUUUUUCAGGAGUAACAAGGUUUUUGUUGAGAGCUCCGAGUCGUCUGAUCAUCAGGUUGCGUUCACUGACUCCGUCUUGUGGAAACUGUUGGAUCGUCAUGGGAAUACAAUCCGACUGUUGGUCUUACUGCCUGAACAGUCACCCGGAACCUUGGCCAACAGAACUCUGAGCCAGAAAGAGGGCGGUGACUCUGAUGUGCCCUCUGAUGAGUCCAAGGGUACCAGGAAGUCUGUGGAGGCUAUACUCGAGGAGAGCACAGAAAAGUUAAAGAAUCUGUCGUUGCAGCAGCAGCAGCAGCAGCAGCAGCAGCAGCAGCAGCAGCAGCAGCAGCAGCAGCAGGGCUCCAGCACCAGCACCAGCGACAGCCAGAAAAGCUCUGACACCAGUGACUUUGAACAUAUCGAGUCCCCAACACAAGAGGCCGACUCUAACUCUUCACUCUGCGUGGCCGCAGACAGCAGAGAGCUGGAGAACCGGAUCAAGACCACGGCUGGGAGCAGUGGUGGCGCCUCCUCUGAACCAGAGAACCACUUUGCCAGUGAGGAGCGCUCAGACUCUGAGGUGAACAAUGACCGCAGCACCAGCUCGGUCGACAGUGACAUCCUCAGCUCCAGCCACAGUAGUGACACGCUGUGUAACGCAGACAGCGGGCCCAUACAGUUGGCCAAUGGCCUGGACUCGCACAGCAUCACAAGUAGCCGGCGCUCCAAAGCCCACGAGGGCAAGAAAGAGACGUGGGACACGGCUGAGGAAGACUCUGGAACGGACAGCGAGUAUGACGACAAUGGGAAGAGCAAAGCAGAAGCUCAGUACCUGUACUUCAGAGCGGAGCCGUGUACUCAGGAUGAAUCCACGUGGGAUGCACAAAAAUGUUUAGUUGUUCAUGUGGACAAGAGAAUAACGUUAGCAGCGUUCAAGCAGAACCUGGAGCCGUAUGUGGGCGUGGCCUCCACCCAGUUCAAGGUGUUCCGCGUCUACGCCAACAACCAGGAGUUUGAGAGCGUGCGGCUGAACGAGACUCUGUCAUCGUUUUCUGACGAUAACAAGAUAACCAUUCGACUUGGAAGAGCACUGAAAAAGGGGGAAUACAGAGUCAAAGUGUAUCAACUACUAGUGAAUGAAACAGAGCCCUGCAAGUUCCUCGUGGACACAGUGUUUGCUAAGGGCAUGACUGUGAGACAGUCCAAAGAGGAGCUGCUCCCUCAGUUGAAAGAGCAGUGCAAGCUCGACCUCAGCAUCGACAGGGUUCGUCUCAGGAAAAAGACGUGGAAGAAUCCUGGCACCGUGUUCCUGGAUUACCACGUCUAUGAGGAGGACAUCAGCAUAUCGUCCAACUGGGAAGUUUUCCUGGAAGUUCUCAAUGAACCAGAGAAAAUGAAGUCCAUGUCACAGCUGGCUGUUCUGACCCGGAGAUGGAGCCCGGCCACGAUGAAGCUGGAGCCUUUUCAGGAAGUGAUUCUGGAGAGCAGCAGUGUUGAAGAGCUCAAGGAGAGGCUCAGUGAAAUGAGUGGCAUUCCUCUUGAAAACCUGGAGUUUGCAAAGGGCAGAGGAACUUUUCCUUGUGAUAUUUCCGUGCUGGAGAUCCACCAGGAUCUGGACUGGAACCCGAAGGUGUCGACGCUCAAUGUGUGGCCUCUGUACAUCUGUGAUGAUGGAGCUGUCGUCUGCUACAGGAACAGCACAGAGGAGCCCAUGGAGCUGUCGGAGGACGAGCGCAGUGAGUUGAUGAAAAAGGAGAGCAGCCGCCUGCUCAAGACUGGACACCGCGUCAGCUACUCUCCACGCAAGGAGAAAGCCCUGAAGAUCUACCUGGAUGGAGGCCCCGCCAAAGACCCGGGGCAGGACUGAGGCACAGAGAACCGUUCCUAGUCACGCGGUUCAUCUGGCUGCUGUAGCAUAGCAACCAGGCUCUGGAUGUCAGUCAUAGUGUCUGGCCUGGUAAGUGACUUGAACCUGAUGCAGCGCUGCGAGACGAGCUGUCGUCCACACUGAGCUCCAGGACGGGCUCAGAAACCUUACUGUGCACUAGCGUGUACUUUACUGUAAAGUUUAAAGGGAAAAAACUCUUCAAUGCAGAAAAGAAUUAAGUUGAACGUAAAGGGUCCAGAGAUGAAUGCAGAGGUGUCGGGACUGUGAAACUGUGCUGGAGUCCCGCCUCCUGUUUCAUGUUCUCUCCCUCCCUCCCUACCCCCCUCCCACCCUUCCUCUCGUGUGUUCACGUCUUCUGAGCUCCGCCCCGUUGUGACCUCACGUCACUCACACCUUCCAGCCACACUUCAUACAAACCAAGAGCUACUUUUCAAGCCUCGCUCGGUCCGACUGAACCUCACUCUCUCAGCAACUUUACAACCGGCCGAGACGCCGUUUAUACGCAGGAUUUGAGUCAUAAUAAUGGAAAUAAGUAAAUAAAUAAAGGAGGUGACAAUAAAUCAUUUGUAACUCAAAGGU